GCCUAAUUAGCAGAUCAAAUCUCUUAAAAGGUUUGAAAAGAUACGUGAUAUGGAAUCCGAGUUGGUUUGCAAUCACAAAAAAUGUAGAAAGAGGGUAGAAGACUAUGCAUGGAUAACUUCCUGCUCACAUAUAUUCUGUGAUGAAGAUGGAGUUCGAGAAUUUAAGAACAACAAUUCAUGUCCAGCAUGCUCAACAGAUUUGUCGGACAAACUGGAUAUUAUCAGGAUUGAAGUCAACCCAUCUGAGAAGUAUAAGUCUAUGGUAUUGGCAGGAAAGCGACCUGAGAUGAUCAUGGAGAUCUGUUCUCGAGCGAUGUCAUUUUGGUCUUAUCAGAUCCAUCAAGAAAGAGUUUACCAAGAAUAUGUUUGCUCUAAAGCCAAGGAGAGGGCAACACAGCUGGAGCAGUAUUACGAACAAGUUAUUUCUCAAACUUCUGCAGAACUGAACUCGUUAAAAUCACAGUUAACAGCUACCAAGAAAGAAUUAGAGAGUUUCAAGAAAAAGUAUCAAGAUGCCAGUGAAAAAGUUGCAGAUAAAUAUAGAAAAUAUCAGAAACUACAGGCAAUGUACGACGCGCUGAAAAGGAAGUGUAUCACACCAUCGACCUUUGAAGGUGGAGACGCUGUAAACAACGACAGAGCCAGGAAUGCUUUGUCCAACUUUAUGAUACCAAUAGGAUCUGAUCAUGGUAUUUCCUGUCCAGGAAGCAUUCCUAACAGCAGGAAAGGGUCACCAGAAGCUGCUAGUGAUGUGCCCUUUUCAUUCCGUCCAACAGGUACCCCGAUACUCACACAAAAUGGUGAUCAUCCACAGACUAAAAACGGCAGAAACCAGCAUCAACCAAAGAAUAAGAAUCUGUUCGAUCUAGACUUCCCUGGGCACUGAGCAUUGAUAACAUUCAUAUGCAUGAAACAUAGAACUUGUGAUUCAUUGUAAUUUAAAUAAAAAAUUACUGUUACAUUAAAAAUUCCAGACAACAGAAA